AUGUUGGACGGAUUGUGGACGAUGUUCGUUCGCAAUAGUUGUUGUAUUCAAACGCCUGAAGCGGGUCGACAAAACGCGGUAAAACUAAUACCCACCACUCCAGUCGUACAGCACGUGCAAAAGGAUGGACCGGAGCCAGAGUUUUUGAAUCCAAUGGAAAAUGUCACCGUCGCUUUGGGGCGGGAAGCGAUUUUGGUGUGUUCGGUGAAAAACAUCGGAGAACACAAAGUUGGCUGGUUAAAAGCAGAAGAUCAGACCAUACUAAGUUUACACGAACGUGUGGUUACCGAAAACCGAAGGAUAGACAUAGACGUGGAUAACAACACAUAUUGGAGACUCAAGAUUCGGCAACUGCAAAGAUCCGACAAAGGAUGUUAUAUGUGUCAGAUUAACACGCAUGUUAUGAAGAAACAAAUUGGUUGUGUGGACGUGAAAGUUCCACCGGACAUCAAAGACGAAGAAACCAUAUCUGAUAUCACUGUAAAUGAAGGUGAAAACGCUACAUUGGCGUGCAAGGCCAAAGGCAAUCCACUACCGAGAAUUACUUGGAAGCGAGAGGAUGGUCAUAAAAUAACUAUAAAAAACAAAUCGAAAAAAACAUUAUUUGAUAGGGUACGUGGAGAACCGCUGUUGCUCAACAAAGUAGACCGCAGUCAGAUGGGACAUUAUUUGUGCAUAGCGUCCAACGAUGUACCGCCGGCUGUUAGCAAGAGGAUCACGUUAAAUGUUAACUUUUCUCCAGUAGUCUGGGUGACGAAUCAGAUAGUAAGUGCACCACUUGAAACACAUGUGCGACUAGAGUGUUUUGUAGAAUCAUUUCCCAAUUCCGUCAAUUAUUGGUCCAAUGACAAAGGAGACAUGAUUCUUCAAGGGCCAAAGUACUAUAUAGAAGAAGUUAAAACCAACUACAAAGUAAAUAUGUAUCUCAAUAUUCAGAAUUUGGAUAUGAAUGAUCUGGGGUCGUACACAUGUUUGGCGUCAAAUUCUUUGGGACAAGCGAACAGUUCAGUACGAGUACACAGGAUGAUAUUGCGGACGACUACCGUUGCACCAACUACAUCCACGACGACCGCCGCCACCACUACCACGACCACAACGACGUUACCGUCUACCACAAGAUUGGUAGCCACCUCGACAGUGAUGCCGUCACCAGCAACAAAAUGGAAGAGCCAUACAAUAUCUGGUGACCGGAAGUCCGGAGGAAAAAUGGACGACAAGACCGGUCUGCGGAUGAACGGCGUCGAGUCGGCUGGUGAGAUGGAGACGAAAAGCAGCAGCCACCGGGCAAGUCGCGGUUCUAGCCGGGUCCGCCGGUCAACGGUCAGCCAAUCGGUGAGCAUCGCGGCUGAGCUGGCGUUCCUGGCCGCCGCCACUGCCAGCUGGUCGACAGGCUGUCCAGUGGACGCCGCCAUAGGUGGACUCGUGUCGCUGGCGCUCGCCGUCUCGCCGCCACUGAUCCUGUGGCUCCUGAACUGA